AUUUUAUCAUCAUAAAAGCUUUAUUAUAUAAUCCUGGCAAAAAAAUAUUAAUUUUAUUUUGAAGAACAAAGAGAGUCUGCAGUUUUCUGCAUUCUCUCUGAAAAUUCUUCGUGGUGAUUAAUUGGGGUUUUUCCCAGUAUUUGAAGGUAUAUAAGUGUAUUGAGUAAUUUGCUAAAUUAUGAUGAACAUGAAGGGAAUUUGGACCAAACAGACAUUGAUUAAUCUCCUGUUAGGGCAAUUUCUCUCCCUUUUGAUUACUUCUACUGGGUUUUUAUCAUCCGAACUCGCUAGAAAAGGAAUCAAUGCACCGACGUCCCAGUCUUUUCUUAAUUACGUGCUCUUGGCAUUAUUUUAUGGAGUUUUUAUGAUUUACAGGCAAGAAGGGAUCAAGGCAAAAUGGUAUUUUUACAUCCUCCUUGGAAUAGUUGAUGUGGAGGCCAACUUUCUAGUUGUGAAGGCUUACCAGUACACAUCCUUAACAAGUGUGAUGUUGCUGGAUUGCUGGGCAAUUCCGUGUGUUCUGCUUUUUACGUGGUUUUUCUUGAAGACAAAAUACAGACCCAGAAAAUUAGUUGGUGUUGCCAUCUGUAUUGCUGGUAUUGUCCUGGUGAUAUUUUCAGAUGUACAUGCCGAAGAUCGAUCAAGUGGUAGCAAUCCUAUCAAAGGGGAUAUACUUGUAAUUGCUGGAGCCACAUUAUAUGCCGUUAGUAAUGUCAGUGAGGAGUUUUUUGUCAAAAGUGCUGAUAUGGUUGAACUCAUGGCAUUUCUGGGCCUUUUUGGUGCCAUUGUUAGUGGUUGCCAAAUAGGCAUACUUGAGCGCAAUGAGUUGAAGUCCAUUCACUGGUCAGCUGGAGCAGCACUUCCCUUUGUUGGAUUUGCAUUGGCGAUGUUUCUUUUCUACUCAUUUGUUCCCGUUUUGCUGAAGAGGAGUGGUGCUACAAUGCUAAAUCUAGCCUUGCUUACCUCUGAUAUGUGGGCUGUUGUAAUUCGUAUCUUUGUAUACCAUCAGAAGGUUGACUGGAUAUAUUUUGUAGCUUUUGCUGCUGUUGCUGUAGGUCUUCUUAUUUAUUCUGGGCGGGAUAAGGUGGAUAAGAACGUAGCUGAUGAAGGCAUUGUAAGAAGCAAGCGAUUUGACGAGGAAACUGGCCUAGAUAAUCCUGCACGAAAAGAUGCCACUGAGAGCUCAAGAACUGAAGAAAACAGGCAAAGUUUUGACGCCGAAACAGUGCCUGGAAUAUACGGAAGAUAACUUUAUUGUAGUUUUAGGACUUCUCUUUCUUUUUUAUUUCUUCCUCUAUCCCCCUGUAGGAAAGGUCUUAUUCCAUUUGCGUUAAUGUGAUGUAGCUGCCAAACAGUUAACUCUGUCAUUUUACUUGAAUAAAACUUCAGUAUUAUUGUAA